AUGGCCCGACUGUUGCACUUCUUCACAGCGCUAUACACACUCUACUCUCUCCAAGUAAUUUUCGCCUGGACCUUCGUCUGGAGAAACGCCAGCGACACCCCUACAAUCGAGGAAGGCACCGGCGCACAGCCGUGCAAGGCAAUCAAUCAUGCGAAAGGCAAAAAUUUCAAAUUCGAUCCUGAGGACAGUCUUGUGCGGAUCUACCUGUACGGCUCACCCAAUUGCACAGAUAACCCCGGCGAGAGCGCCGAACAUGAUCUCACGCGGAGCUCGACUAGUCUGAUACGGGGGUUCGCGGUUAUUGACCUAAGAGGCGCGAAUACGAGCACUAGUGGGGCACUCGAGCCGUUCCCUGGAUCCGACUGGUUCAAGUCAUCUCCUAACAGCCCAAUCGUGACUGCCAUGGGAAAAAGACUGGUGGCGGAAAAUUGUGGGAAGUACACCGCGGGUCCGGGCCCCCAGUGGACUGAUGCGGACCGGGAGUCUUAUCAGUGUUGGCAAAAGAAGCUUGGCUACACUGGUGCGGACGCCGAUGGGUGGCCCGGGAAGACGAGUUGGGAUCAGCUCAAGGUGCCUCUAACGAAGAGCACCGGGUCUUCUACAACCACGGAGAUACCUUCGAGUACGAUUACGAGUACGGGUACGGGGACGCCUACGGGUACGGGAACACCUACGGGUACGGGAACACCUACGGGUACGUCUGCUCCGCCUACGAACGGUUCCUCGGGGUCAUCACUCGGCGGAGGUGUAAUCGCUGGCGUAGUGGUGGGCUCUGCGGUCGGGCUGGGAUUCAUCGGGGCGAUAAUCUAUUUCGUGCGACGGAUGGGGCGGCGAUCUCCGCCGGAGUCCAGAGAGGAGGCAGAGCAAGAGCCAGGGGGUGGUGGUGAUGAUGAUCAUAAGGUCGAUGAUGCUGCAGUAGCAGCAGGAGACGCAAAGUCGAUGGAGAAAUUACCAGCCGAGGCUGAAGCCAUUCCAGCAAAGAUCCAGAAACACUACGUUGCCGAGCUUCCAGGAGACACAGUGAUAGCAGAGUUGAGUGAUAGUCGGAGGAUCCUUGAGUUGGGAGACGGUCGAAAAUACCAUGAACUUAUGUAG